UCUUACACAUCUCUCACUUCCCUUCCUCUCACACCCAUCAUCGACCCUAGGCUUUCACGCGAUCAUGGAUUCUCUCUAUCAUACCGCAGAAAUAUCUCGGGGUUCGUCAUCUGAACCUCUAUCCUCUGAACCCUUGUCACUUGAAGUUGAUUCCCAAGACUUCUUUAUGCGUUCAGCAAAAGAGGGGGAGCAGCACCUGUUUACAACUCGACAACUUCUACAGAGAAUCGUUGAACACAGGCUGACUGCACUGCAACGCAAUCAGACCCUCGACCAGUACAUAGUUUUUUUAUCUGUGCCGCCAGCAGAGUUUUCAAUACUGGAUAAUGAUCACCAACGGACAGGGAAAUAUUAUCGACUCUUCUAUCACGAGCUUACCGGAACAUUGCUUAUUAAAGUGAUGCCGAAUCCUGCUCACGAGCUUGCGGCAGAAAGUUUUAAGUCCCUUGUUUCUGUCAAACUCCACGCCCUGAACAUAGACGACGAAGUCUGGCCAUAUGGAUCGACAACGGUGACAGGGGGUGGUUGGAAAAAACAAGCAGAUUGUUGCUGGGCGCCCGCCUUGACGAAUGCAAGCCUGAGUCUCGUUGUAGAGGUUGGUCUGUCUGAGUCGGCAAGACGACUUGCACUCGAUGCCCACGGUUGGCUUGAACUUCAGGCUUCAGUGAAACUUGUGAUCACAAUAAGCAUUAAAAGCAAAAGACCUGAAAUUGUUUUCACCCGAUGGGAGUUGCUUCCCCUUCCCCGAAUUGAUGGUGCUAUCACCAGAGCCCCCCCCGCUUCAGCACGUCAAGUUGUAUCUUUGAAGGUACAUCGAAUCAAUAAUACUACAUCUGUAACCGGAGAGUCUACGAUGAACGGCAUAAGUACAACCUCGCAACUAGUAAUCCCUUUCGACAAGCUUGUUAACCGCCCUCCCCACCAUCCCACAGAGGAAGACUUGGUGAUAACUGAAGAGGAGUUGAGAAGGUUGGCAGAGCGUAUUUGGAAGCAGCAAGGUUUCUUCUAAGCCAUCCGAUUCUGAUAGUUAUACUCGACCAUGACAUCCAUGUACCCAAA